AUGGCGGCGGCGGACGGGGACGCUCCGAUCGCGGCGUUCGCGGUGGCCAAGGGCGGCGCCGUGCUCAAGCACAUCUUCCUCAACGCGCCCCCGCCGGAGGCGACGCGCGGGGCCGGCGGCGGGCGAGGGGUGGAGGGCGGCGGGGAGGAGGAGGACCCGCCGGUGAUGGUGGGGCGGCACCCCGACUGCCACGUGCUCGUCGACCACCCCAGCGUCAGCCGCUUCCACCUCGAGCUGCGGUGCCGACGUCGGCAGAGGCUCAUCACCGUCACCGACCUCUGCUCCGUGCACGGGACAUGGGUGUCGGGGCGACGGAUCCCACCCAACACGCCGGUGGAUCUGGCCACCGGUGACAUGCUACGCCUCGGGGCCUCUAAGAGGGAGUAUAGGCUCCUCUGGUUAUCGCUGCGUGAAGCAUUUGAGAUGGACGAUCUGCUCUAUAUGCCAUCGCUGCCUGAGGAGGACAAAGAGGAGCCCCAUGUUAAGGAACCAAGCAGCCAGUUAGUGCCUGGGCACAUGGAUUCAGUGGACAUGGAGACCCAUCAGGAUACAAGUGAACAAAUUGUGCCAAAAGACAUUGCAUUUCCAGCCAAGGAUACAAGUGAACAGAUUGUGUCAGAAGACAUUGCAUUUCCAGCCAAAGUGCCCCCCUCAGCACCUCCAUUGUCUGAGUUUGUUCAUUCCUUUUUUGCGAAAGCGCCUUCACUUUCCCAAUUUCAUGAGAAAAGAGACGGAGUGACAGAGGAAAAGUUGGUCGACAAGGAUCAAAUUUCAGAAUCUUUUGGUUCGUUGAUCAUACAGGAAAUGGCAGGCACACUGACAAAUGCUGGAAAAUCAAUCCAGUCAGACAAGCAGGAUGCCUCAAACAAAGUGUCCAAGAGGUCCAAGUUGAAGUCAGUCAAAUCGCUUCGUGUUGACACAGGCAGGAGCAGGGAUAGAAGCAGCACUCUGAGCCAUAGCUUUCAGAAGGUAGACCAAAAUGAGAUUCUUGUAUGUUCUCAGAGCUGUGGGACAGAAUGCGCUGCCUGUAUAGCUUUAUUUGGUAUUUCUGAAGUUGAAAGAGCUGAAGAAAAGGAAGAGUUGAUUGCUGAAGAUAAGGUUGACAUGAAUCCCCCAGCCAGCAUGAUCAUGGAGGGAAAUAUGAAAGAGAAAAAACCUGAGAAUUAUGUCCCAGAAGAUCCAGUUGAUGCAAAGCUGCAGAAGAAACUAGGCUUCCCUUUGCAUUUCAAAGAUGAUGUGUUCCCUGACAAAGAAAUUCCACAAUGGAAUGGUGCUACUGUUCAUACAGAAUCUGAGCUUGUUUCAGAAAAUCUAAUAAUGCCAGUGAAGCACGAUGGUUUGAACCAUCUUAACUUGGAGGGAGAUCUCUCAGAAUACGAGAAUAUGGACCCAAAUAACAUUGGUGAGGGUCCUGGGAACUGUCCGCUUGAAGGCACCAUUUGUGGGAAUCUAUUUGACAAUUUGGAUACUGAAGGAAUUGAAGAUGAAGAGAUCUACCGACUGGACAAGGAUGAAAUCACCCCCAGCGUAUCAGGUAACAUAAUAAUGGAGAGGAGUCAUAGAGGUCUGAAGCCUACCAUUUCCCAACAGUUGAUGGAUUCCAUUUCCCCUCUCAAUUUAGAUCAUGACGACUUCUCUGAAAAUGAUAACUCCAAGCUCAACACUGGAGAUCAGAUGAAAUCAAAUGAACCUGUCUCUGAGAAUCUUAACCCAUUGAUGCCCAUUUCACAUCUGGAAUUCAAAGUUGACAUCCUUCUGGAUAUGGAAAGCUCAGUGCCGGCUCUGGGAAAGUCUGAGGCUAUGUCCGCUGUGAGGGAGGAAAAUCUGUUCUCAGACAAGGAGAAUGUGACUCCAGCCUCUAAGGUGAAGACCAAUGUUAGGAGAGUUCUUGGUACAAGGAUGGAUAAUUCAUUGUCAGCAGCAAAUGCUUCAAAUAAGAAGAAAGUUCUUGGGUCAAGGGUGGAUAACUCAGUGUUAGCAGAGAAUAGUUCAAAUAAGAAGCAAUGCAGUGAAUUAUCAACAAAGUCCGAAAAAUUCCACACAGUAGAUUUUGAUGUUUUCAAUUCAGAUAAGGAGAAUUUGACCCCUAUAUCUUCAGGAGGCAUGAAAGCAAGGAAGUGUUUUCCCAAGGACCUCUCAGUUGACAUAGAUCAAGAUCAGGAAGCAUUCUGCUCAGACAAGGAGAACUUGACGCCACUAUCUUCUGCAGCUCGGAAAACAAGGGAUAUGUCUGGAAACCGUAUACGAGUUGAAAGUGCGAUCACCAAGAAAAGGGUUGCUGAUAGACUCCCCUUCCAGACUCUUCUGUCAAAUUCUCCUUUGAGACCUGCUAGCUCGCAUGAUUGUACCUGUGCUGUUGCUAAGCCAGCUGACAUUGCUGCUGGUCACUUGGUGAUCAAGUUGGAAGAUAAAUUCAACAAUCUUUCAUGUAAUAAUCAAGAAUCAGGUAGUGCUGGACAAGGUAUGAAAGCCUGGACCAUGGUGGCUAAUACAGACAGUCUUCUUGAUGACGAAUCUAGGAAGGCUAUUAUGCUGUUAAGAGGCCUAAAAGGAACUCAUCUGUUCAUACCGAGGAUUGUGAUCAGGGAGUUAGAUUCCAUGAAGCAGCGGGAGGGCCUGUUCAGACGGUCAACAAAGGCGACCACCAUCCUGCAAUGGAUCGAGGAGUGCAUGGCAACGGAGAGCUGGUGGAUCCAUGUCCAGAGCUCGGCCGACAUGUUCCCGGUCGCACCAACCCCGCCCGCGACCCCUUCGGCGCAGCGCAUCGACGAGGAGAUCGAGAUCGGCUCCGCCUCCUUCAACCCGAUGGCGGCGUUCUUCUCCCCGCGAAGCUCCGCCCUCGCGGACAUCGUCUCUCCCAGGCCCGAGGACCGCGUCCUCGACUGCGCCCUCGUCUUCAGCAGGCUCCGGAGCGACGAGAAGGUUGUCGUCCUGUCCAACAGCGUCACGCUCAAGAUCAAAGCCAUGGCAGAGGUACGGUACCACCACUGUGAACCAUCAUCACUUGCAUUGCAUUCAGUCAUUCAGAUGACCAAUGUCUGCUCUCUGUCCCCGCUGGGCAUUGGAACUGAAACUGCUUGGUUGCACGCGCAGGGCUUGCCUUGCGAGGGAGCGAAGGAGUUCCGCGAGUCGCUGAUGGACCCGUCGUCCAGGCGGUUCAUGUGGGCGGCCAGCGCACCGCGGGGGUCGGCGUGGUCGUGCCUGGACGCGUCCGCGCUGGCGGAGAACUACUACAACAGCCGCCACCACCACCACCACGCGAUGAAGCGGAGGGUGGUCCCGGCGAGGCCCGCCCAGGCCGCCAAGGGCCUGAAGCUCAUCCUGCGUCACAACUCCCUGUACGCGCAGGCCACGACGAACGCCGCCGUCAACAAGACGACGCCACUGCUGGCAUCGCUGGCAUCGGUGUGA